UUAGAUAUGCAUAUGGUUCGAACGAAAAGACAAUAUAGUUUGACGUGAAGAACUUACUUAAAAGUUUAAAACUAAUAGUUGUUGUGAACGAAUCAGGUUUUUGGAAUAUUAUCUUGUCAUUAAUAAAGAGGUUAAACCUUCAUUUAUAAACCAACUACUACCUAAAAUAGGAAAAUAGAAAUAAAGUAACCUAAAAGAAAACAAACCCUAUUCUACAAAUAUCUAACACUAACACUUGUGAUAUAAUUUUGAUUUGGAUCUUUAUAAAAAUAAAAUCAACAAAUCUGGUUUGUUAGUUUUUUGGAUUGUGUUUUGUAAUUCUUAUUAAAUCAAGUUUCAGGUUUGAGACAGAGUUUAUUGAAGAAAUUGUGAAGGACAUCUACCGUAGAUUACAUGUACCCUUAAAAAGUGCUCAACCUCUAUUUAUUGGGAUGGACUAUUCCAUUAACUUCAUCACUUCAUGGUUGAAAGAUGGAUCCUCACAUACGGUAGACAUACUCACCAUUUCGGGUCUAGGCGGGAUCGGGAAGACAUCUUUAGCCAAACAUGUCUAUGGGCUAUAUUGUCAUGAAUUCAACAAAAGCAGCUAUAUUGAAGAUAUCACUAGGAGAUGUGAUGGAAAGUAUAAUGGGCUACUUGAUAUACAAAAACAACUGUGCGGUGACAUUUCAAAAACAAGUUCAAUUCAAGUUUACGAUGUUUCAAAAUACACAUCAAUGAUAGAGAACGUAGUAGCUCGUAAAAGGUUGUUCCUUGUUCUUGAUGAUAUCAUUAGUAUUGAUCAGUUGGAUGCAUUACUUGGAAGCAAAGGUUUUCAUCCCGGAAGCAAAGUUAUAAUAACAACAAAGGACAAAUGCUUAACAGAGAGUUGUGCACUAUUUAAAACAAACAUUAAACCCAAGCAUGUAGAACACUUCCUUGAAGGCUUAGAUGAGACUGAAUCACGACAACUUUUGUGUUCCCAUGCAUUCAUGUGCAACCAUCCCAAGGAAGGUUAUGAAGAGGUGUCAGAUAAGCUUUUGGAGUAUUGUCAAGGACAUCCAUUGGCUCUUGAAGUUUUGGGCAAGGUUCUUCAUAAUCGAGGUGUGGCGUAUUGGGAAGGGUGCAUGAAAGGGCUAAAGAAAGAAACAAAUGAUCGUAUAAAUAAUGUCUUGAGAAUGAGCUUCAACUCUUUGCCAUCCAAAAACAAUAAGGACUUGUUUAAGCAUAUUGCUUGUUUUUUUGUUGGAAUAGAUAAAGAUCUUAGCGAAACAAUAUUGGAGGCAUGUGAUAUAAACACAAGAUCCGGAAUUACGAAUCUCAUUGAUAAAUGUCUUCUUAGUAUUGGACGGAAUAAUGAAUUGAAGAUGCAUCAGUUGGUUCAAGAGAUGGGCAGAUUCGAAGUACAUCAAGAAUCACCUAAUAAGCCAUGGAAGCGAAGUCGAUUAUGGUGUCAUAAGGAGUCAUUCAGAGUGUUGAAACAAAAAAAGGGUAAGGGAAAUCUUCUAGGCCUUGCCCUUGACAUGCGCAUGCUUGAGAAAGAGAAGUUGGGAGCAUCGUAUGAGCUGAAAACAGAUGCAUUAAGUAACAUGGAUAAUUUGAUGCUACUACAACUCAAUUAUGUGUACAUGAAUGGGUCUUAUGAGAACUUUCCAGAAGAAAUAAAAUGGUUGUGUAUGAAUGGGUUUCGUUUAAAGUCUACACCUUUAGACUUACCUAUGCAGAAUCUGGUUGCCCUUGACAUGUCAUAUAGCAAUAUUGAAUCGUUUUCCGGUUGUUAUAGCAAUCCACAACGACUUGAGAAAAGGCAAAAGUUGGAUGGCUCGUGCUUUAAAGAGAAAAGGUUGUUUGCUUCACUGAAGAUUCUUAAUUUAAGUUUCUGCGAACAACUUCAUAGUGUUGGUGACUUUGACCAACUCCCUGCACUUGAGAGGUUAAUACUUAGAAAUUGCAUUGGUUUGGUUGAUGUUUGUGAAUCAAUUGGGCAAUGUGUUGAGCUUAUCCUCAUCGAUCUGAGCGAUUGCAUGAAACUUGAAAAACUUCCAAGAAAUAUAGGCAUGUUAGAGAAGGUUAAAACAAUGUUGCUAAAUGGUUGUAAUCUUGGUGAAUCUGGAAUCAAGAAUAUGGAUAUGGAUUCACUGGAAAUGUGCACGGUUACCAACAUUGGCAUAAACAGAGCCUUUGUGGGUGAUAUACCACGUGAUUUGAAGUCCUCUGCAAUGUCUUUACCAAGGUCUUUAGUAACGUUGUCACUUACAGAGAACAAGUUGUCCAAUGAAUCCUUUCCCAUGGACUUCAGUUGUCUAUCCAUGUUAAAGGAAUUAUAUUUAGAUGGCAAUCCUUUCAAUUCCAUGCCUAGUUGUGUGAGAACCCUUCCUAGACUUGAGAUACUAAGUAUGAAGAAGUGUAAAAAUUUGAAGUUAGUCGAGUAUCCUCCACGUACACUAAAAGAGUUGUUAUUUAAUAUUGCUUAUGUGCAUCGUACAAACAAAGUUGUAUUUGUUCCGGAAAUGUCCCCACUCAAGAUAUCAAUAGGGUUCUUAGACUGGGCAUAUUCUUCACUUGGGUUGAACGAUUACGGAAUUGAAGGUGUGAUCAAAAUCCAAGAAAUGAGGAGUGUUGAAGAAAAGGUGUUACGUAACUUGGGCUGGACUAAUUUAGACUUCCUCAACGAAAGGCGUGUGGGAACUAAUUCUUCAGAAUCUGAAAUCCAGAAGAUGUUUUAUGAACUUGGAAUAUUCAGCAUAUUGUAUGAGGCGGAGGAGAUGCCGAGUUGGUUUAGGCAUAGAAGUGCAGGGCCAUCAAUAUCAAUUACCAUCCCAUCAUUAUCUCCAAACAACCUCCUUUCUUCACUGGCCAGUUCAGCUUUUAUAGGGGUUUAAACUUUCUUCAUAUCUGUAAUCUUUUCUAAAAGAUGAUUUCCUCUGUUUGGAUUUUUCAUGAAUUUGUGGAACUUCUUUGUUAGAAAAUCCAAAAUUUCAUCACAGUUUUUGGAACCCAACCUUCCUCAGCCCUUAUUUAUGAUUAAUAUACAGCAAGCGCACAGGGGUUCGCUUCAUAGUUUGUAUUUCCUCCAAUAAACUUUAUAUUAUUCUUCAUGAACAUCAUGUAUUCCUAAGAUCUUUAGAUGUUUAGAUUACAAUUCUCACUGUUUACAUUUGACCUCCAAGAAUAGACAUAAAUUUUAUAUUUAUCUUUUUUCACUUGAAGCCUUUUCAACUUGCUAACAAGCAAGGGUUUCCAUUACAUGCCUCCGCAGCUAAUGCUUUAAAAUUGUUUUAUUGUAGUCUUGUAUUUUUAUGGACAUGUUCUGAUUCUUUUGAUAUUAUUUUUUAACAUGCCCCACAUUUAUUUAGCUGAGUCACAUAUAUGUACAAACAAACUUAAAGAGAUCUUUGUGUAUAUACUUAUGUUUCUUUAAAGAUAUCCUUACAUUUCCUUUUAUUCGUAGGGUAAGGGGGAAUCUUCAGGGUCUCGUCCUUAUCAUGAAAAUACUUGACAAAGAGAGGCUGCAGUACAUGGCUGUCUGAAUUUAAAAUAGAUGCAUUUAGUCAGAUGGGUAACCUAAUACUACUGUAACUCAAUGAGUUAUAUCCUAAUCUUUUCCUGAAUAAUUAAGAUGGUUUGCUUUUCGUCGCCUCUGGUAAUGAUUUAUCUUUUCGGUUUUUGUUUUUGAUAGCUGUAUAUUUGAUUGCAAAGAACAGAGGAAAACAUUAUAAAUGGUUUCUUAGUUGAUUAUUAGACGUGUAAACUCGUAAUGUUGUUUUUAUUACUUUAUAUGUUUGUUAUUUUGCUGAUUGUGAUUGAAAGUAAAGACUAAAAUGUGAUU